AUGGAUGCGCUAAACGCGACCACCUUCGCGUCCUUCAACCAGACUAAGGACUACUUUGUUGUCCUCGAGGAGGUCUCCAAGUACAAUGUCCAGCUCAACAUCGUUGAAAAGCUCUGGGCUGCCUGGUAUCUCUGGAUGCAGAACGACACCCUCGCGACCGGCAUCAUGAGUUUCGUCCUUCACGAACUCGUCUACUUCGGCCGCUGUAUCCCCUACAUGAUGAUGGACUACAUCCCCUAUUUCCAACAAUUCAGAAUUCAGAAGCAAAAGGUUCCUACCCUUAAGGAGCAAUGGGAUUGCGCCGCCAUCGUUCUUAUCAGCCAUUUCACCGCCGAACUUCCUCAGAUCUGGUUCUUCCACCCCGUCGCUACCUACCUCGGUAUGGACUACGGUGUGCCCUUCCCUCCCGUUUGGAAGAUGGCUCUCCAGAUCGCUAUCUGCUUUGUCAUGGAGGAUGCUUGGCACUACUGGUUCCACCGUGCUCUGCACUACGGUCCUCUCUACAAGGCUAUCCACAAGAUGCACCACACCUACUCUGCUCCUUUCGGUCUCGCCGCUGAGUACGCUUCGCCCAUCGAAACAGCUCUCCUCGGAAUUGGUGUUGUCGGAUGCCCCGUUGUCCUCCUUGCCAUCACUGGCGAGCUCCACCUCUUCACCAUGUACACCUGGAUCGUUCUCCGUCUUUUCCAGGCCAUCGACUCUCACAGUGGCUACGACUUCCCUUGGAGUCUGCGACACUUCCUCCCCGUCUGGGCCGGUGCUGCCCACCACGAUCUUCACCACGAGAAGUUCAUUGGCAACUACGCCUCCAGCUUCCGCUGGUGGGACUACUGCCUGGACACUGAGGCUGGUGCCGAGGCUCACAAGCGCCGUCGCGAGAAGAAGCUUGCUCAGAUCAAGGCCAAGAAGGCGCAAUAG